AGCGUCACUGCUCAGGUGAAAUAGAAUUUUGUGUUAAACAUUAAGCGAAAUGUACGACAGGCUGAGCGUUUUCCUGAGUCUUUUAGCCUUCGCAUGUGCUGCUCAAAUCAAACUGCGCGAACUGGAGAAUAUUCUCGAUUUCGUUAUCGACGAAAUUGAUGCUGAAGGAGUUUUCUCCAACCGUGACCAUUUACCUACACCUCCACCAAUGCCUGAACAUAGAUCUAACUACAAAACGUCAAACCGAGCAAGCAGAGGCUUGUACUCUCGCCUUUUCCGGAGUAAAUUUGGUACACUUGACGAUUAUGGAAGCGUCUCCGAGAUUACCCUACAGGUGACUGCCCAGCACCCGAGCGAAGUCAACGUGCAGGAGGUCGCUUUUGAGGUGCCCGGUGCCGCUCUGUACUUUGUGCGUGACUUCCCUGCGCCCAUCUCUGCUUCUGCAUCUUUCGAAAUUGCAGUUGCUUCUCCAGUUGCAUACGCUGCACCUGCCCCCGUUAAAGUUAAGUACGACUUCCCUGCUCCCAUCUCUGCUCCUGCACCUGCACCAGUCAAGGUGGAAUACGACUUCCCUGCUCCCAUUUCCGCACCUGCCCCAGCCCCUGUUGCUGUUGCCGUUGCUGCUCCCGCUGAGGUUGUUAAGAACACCAUCGAGUACGACUUUCCUGUUCUCAUCUCCGCACCAAUUCCCAUUCCCUACGCUGUUGCUCCGGUUGCUGUAGCUGCCCCUGCUCCUGUUAAAGUCGAAUACGAUUUCCCUGCUCACAUCGCAGCUCCUGCUCGUGGAACAGUUCGUGUUGCUGCUCCUGCUCCAGUCAAGGUUGAGUAUGACCCCCCUGCUCCCAUUUCUGUUCCAGUCCCAGCACCCGUUGCUGUUGCUCCCGCAGCACCAGUCUAGGUUGAAGCUCCAUCUCCAGUUCAAGUAGCUGUUGCUCCAGUUCACAUAGUCCCUCACGCUUUUGAGACCCGCGUCCACUACGCCGAGGCCCCCGUUGUCCAGCGCGUCCUCACCCCCGUCGGAGUCUCCCACCACGCCAUCCCAUCACCAUAUGUCAGCUAUCCUUAUGCCUAUGUUGCGUAAACCAGAUUAUG